GCUUAACGUCAGGCAAUACCCUCCCACCCUCAUCUCCUGGUGCUCUGGGGGUCUCUUCUCCUCCCAUGAUACCUUAAAGGGACCUGACCUUCCUGCUGCCUUAGAAGAGCAGACAUUCCAGGGUCAUCUGGCAUCCUCCUCGGCUUAGCCCACCUGGAGUUCAGCUCCUCACCUCCACCCCUCUACCCUUCUCUACCCCUUGCCUCUCCAUCCUCAAGGUAUUCAAGUUGCUCAAGCCACAGCUUUUUAGGAGCUAGAGCCUUCUGGAGCCUGUCUUGCAAGGUCUUCCACAUCGCAGAAUGAUGCUGUCUAAGAAAGGGAAGCUGCUGCUGUUCCUGGGCUCCCAGAUGAUAGUUAUGGCACUCCUCUUCCAUAUAUCCAGUCACGGGGACUUGUUCCAGAACGAAGAGCCUAGGAGGCCCAUGCACGUGCUGGUCCUGUCUUCCUGGCGGUCGGGAUCCUCUUUUGUGGGGCAGGUUUUUGGGCAGCACCCAGAUGUCUUCUACCUAAUGGAGCCUGCCUGGCACGUGUGGAUGAGCUUCACCAGCAGCACCGCCUGGAAGCUGCACAUGGCUGCGCGGGACCUUCUGCGUUCCACCUUCCUGUGUGACAUGAGUGUCUUUGAUGCCUAUAUGAAACCAGGCCCCCGAAAACAGUCCAGCCUCUUCCAGUGGGAGCAAAGCCGGGCCCUGUGCUCGUCACCUGUCUGUGACUUCUUCUCUAGUGACCAGAUCAGCUCGGCUAAGGAUUGCAAGAUGCUCUGUGCGCAGCAGCCCUUUGAUAUGGUGGAGAAGGCUUGCCGCUCUCACAGCCAUGUGGUACUCAAGGAGGUGCGCUUCUUCAACCUGCAGGCCCUUUACCCACUGCUCACAGACCCUUCCCUCAACCUGCACAUCGUACACCUGGUCCGAGACCCCCGGGCUGUGUUCCGAUCUCGGGAACGCACCAGAGGAGACCUCAGGAUUGAUAGUCAUAUUGUGCUGGGGGAGCAUUUGAAAAUGAUCAAGGAGGAAGACCAGCCCUAUUAUACCAUGCAGAUCAUCUGCAAAAGCCACGUGGACAUAAUCAAGGCCAUGCAACGCCUGCCUGAACCGCUGCAGCAGCGCUUUCUGCUCCUGAGGUAUGAGGACUUGGUUAGGGAACCCCUGGACCAGACCUCCAGGCUAUACAAAUUUGUGGGCUUGAAAUUCUUACCCCAUCUCCACACCUGGGUUUACAACGUCACCCGAGGCAAGGGUUUGGGUCAGCAUACCUUCGACACUAACUCCAGGGAUGCCAUCAACGUCUCCCAGGCAUGGCGUUGGUCCUUGCCUUAUGAAAAGGUUUCUCAACUUCAAGAUGCCUGUAGCGAGGCUAUGGAUUUGCUGGGAUACCGCAAGGUGAGAUCCCAACAAGAACAAGGCAACAGAUCGCUGGAUCUUCUGUCUUCCUCCCCUAACUUAGGGCAAGUCUAGCGAGAAGGCUCAGGAGAUCUGUCUGUACCAAUUGAUUCCAGCCUCAGCCACUAUUAAAUAAUCCCAAGCCUUAGCCAUUAUCACCAGAUGAGCAAGCUAAGCAUCAAUUGUGCCUCCCCGGACACAAGCUGCAGUCUUUGUGUCUAUACUCAGGUCUACACUACAUCUGAGCCUAAAGCCAAGAAGCAAUCUCUUUCUAUCUUGAAAAGACUCAGGAACCUUGAGCAGUCCCUUCAGGCCACCAAGCAAGACUUUCUGCCUUUCUUCUCUCCUUGGCCUUCCUACCUGUGCAUACCUCAGAGACUGUGACCUAGAGGCCAACUAGACACCAAGCAGCAGCAUCCACGGAGCAAGUCCAUAAACCUCCCUGUGCACAUCUUCCCCAUGAGAAAGGGAGAAUAGAAACCAGGGAAAUGGGCAUUCACCAAAGAGCUCCCAGCAGCUUCCACACAGACCUGGACUCUGGACUCUCAGAGAUGCCAGCAGAUUCAAGGAAUCCGCCGCGGGGGUGGCUGCUAACCUGUGAGUCUGCCCAUUGCACUGUCGGGUACUAGAAACAGGAAGCAAACCCUGCGCCCAACGGGACCAGCACUUGAGUUCAUGGUGCGAUUGGUCUGGAUGGCAUCUCUCCUCAGUGUUUACCUGACAUCUGAAACUGUCCUCCGGUAAUGUGAAAACUGUAACCCAAGCUUCUGUUUUGAAUUCCCCUUGUAUGUUUUUCUUACUACCAGUAGCCAGUCUUCAUUCUCAUGGGGUUCUAACAGUGGACAUAAUCAGCUUGUAGAGUUGUUGCUUUUUUUACUGUCUUUUGCAAUUAUCUAACACAUAAAAAUCACUACCACUUUUGGAUGAA